CUUCACAAUAGUGAGAUGCUGAAAUCAUAUUUCUAUUUAUUGGUUUGCGCUGUGCCCGCGUUAUGCAAGAUCAAGAUGGCGAAGCGCACUGUGCUGAACGAGGCCUACAAGGGCCUGGUGGAGUCCAUGUCGAUCCCGGUAGAGCUGCAUGAGCGCGCUGGCCGCAAGUUUGCCAGCUUCGGCGGCGUUCUGCCGAUACACUGCGCUACUGAAGAACAGGUAUUGGAGUUGGCGAAGACGACCCACCAUUACUGCGAUGUGUUCACCAACGAGGUGUUGGCUCCGCUAGCCGAGUUAGCCUACGUGCGUCUAGACGAGAAUACUGCUGAAAAGGUGUUCAUAAACCGGAGCAAGCGCAUCCUGCUGACGUCGAGCGACGGGCAGCUCGCGCAGUGGCGCUGCGCCCCGAGCUUCGAGUCCGCCAACCUGUACCUCGCGGGCGCGCCCGUCGUCAACCAGGAGGGCGCGCUCGUGUCCGUGGUCACUGCCAGGAGGGGCAAGCACUAUGCCGUCUCUUCCUUUGAGGGCGAAGGCGGUUACUUCGACACGACCCUCCCUUGGAAGGUGCUGGACUCGCCGGGGCUCAUCUACGGCGACCAGAGCUUCCCCUCGCGCGAGGCGCUGCGCAGCCACGUGGCCUUCCUCCCCCCCGCGCACAAGGCGCCGCCCUCCCCUCCCACCCCCGUGCUGCACCGGAGCGCCACCCCCCGUAUAGCGUUGGUUGCCGGGAACGGAAGACAGAUGGCGCAUAUUUAUUUGCAAGGAGUGCACGCUGAUGGAGUUGAAUAUUUGUAGGUAAUAUUGGAAGAAAAAU